AUGAACAUAUUUUUAUCAUGGGCAUCUUCUCGUUCAACAAUGCUGAGAUUUAUUGCCCUUUCAUUAAGCUACACACUUUCAUUAUUUAUUUUUCAAAAAGGACUACUUGUAAAACGACAUGUUCUUCCAUUAAAAAGUUCUUGUUCAGACAUUGUUAGUGAAGAAAAUUGUUGGAUUAAACCAAAAUAUAACAAAAGUAUUCUUUUAAUUAUUGACGCUCUUCGAUUUGAUUUUAUUUUUCCUUAUGAAAAUUGUAUGGGAAGACACCAAUUAAAAGGAGAUGAAAAAUAUUAUCAUGGACAAAUGCCAAAAAUUGCCAGACUUCUUCGUGAACAACCUGGAAAUGCUCUUUUAUUUCCUUUUAUUUCGGACGCCCCAACAACAACAUUUCAAAGAAUUAAGGCUUUGGUUACUGGAAGUGUGCCUGCAUUUAUUGAAGCUGGAGACAAUUUUGAUGGAACAAAAAUUUCUGAAGACAACAUUUUGGAUCAGUUAUUGACUAGUGGGAAGAAUGCUACACUUUUGGGGGAUGAAACUUGGUUGCAGCUUUUACCAGACCGUUUUCAUAGACAUUUUGAAAAGCCAAGUUUUGAUAUUAUGGAUUUGGAUACUGUUGACGAUGCUGUUAUUGCCAACAUUUUCGACGAAAUUGACCGUUCUGAUUGGUCCUUAAUAAUUGCCCAUUGUCUAGGCGUUGACCACGCCGGUCAUCGUUAUGGACAAGCACAUGCAGAAAUGAGUAGAAAAUUGUUACAAAUGGACAAAUUGGUGGAGGAUUUAACAGAAAAAAUGGACGAAGAAACUAUUUUAUUUGUAUUUGGUGAUCAUGGAAUGACUUCAACUGGAGAUCAUGGAGGGGAUAGUUUAAAUGAAUUGAGUACUGCUUUGUUUGCAUAUACUCGUCCAAAAGGAAAUGAAUCAGAAAAACCUUUCUCGGCUGAAUUUGACUGUUCUGGCAAAUUUUGGUGUGGUGUUGACUCGGUUUCUCAGGUAGAUUUAGUCCCAACAUUGUCCUUACUACUUGAUUUACCAAUUCCAUAUCCAAAUAUUGGCCAAAUAAUUAAACCUAUUUUUGGAAAUGAUUCUUCUAAUUUAUUUCAACAAAUGAAGUUAAAUGCUUUUCAAAUGUUUCGAUAUGCACGUGAAUACGCUAAACAGCAAAUUGAUUUGAGGGAUGAUCUAUCAAAAAUUUCUCGUUUAUAUGAAAGUACAAUAAAUACAGACGAUUUGACUCAAACAAUAAAAAAUUUGAGCAAUUUAAUUCGUUCUUCAUUAGACCAAUUUUAUUUUGAAUUGUGCCUUGUUGGGAUUUUUUCUUUGGUGGAUUCUCUAGCCUUUAAUUGUUUUUUAAUUUUUAAUGCAAAAAAUACAACGCCUUUCUUUCUUUGGAUUUUUCGUUCUGCAAUGCUUUUAUUACAGCUCAGUCUAAUUUUUGCAGAAAAACCCGGUAAUGAUCAAUUAAUAUAUACAACUACAAGUUUAUUUGUUUCUCUAUGUUAUUUUCUACUUGUAUUUUUAUUUGGCACUUCAAUUAAAAUUAAAUUUAAAUAUUUUAUUUCUUUUUUAUUUUCCAAUUUUCAAUUUUUUGGACAACUAUUUUUGGGUUUUCUUGCAUUUUCAAAUAGUUUUAUUAUUUAUGAAUCUGAUGUUUUACAAUUUUCUAUUCAAUCUUUGAUUUUAAUUGCUUUAAUUAAACAAUUAAAUAUUCACAGGUCAAUUUAA